AAAAAUUAAUAAAUUCAACUCGGGAAGCCCUCUGCAUCCAAGGAAUGCUCAGUCAGUCCCAGUCCCCACCAACAGAGGGCAGUGGCGGUGGAAUGGGUUCUCGAAGGGGCAGCCUCACAAGCCUGAGCAGUGUGACGUCCAUGUUGGAGGAGAAGGACGAUGAGAAGAUCCGUUGCUGUCACCACUGUAUGGACACACUGUUGAAACGGCAGCAGAAGCUUGAUGAAAAAGACUUUGUACCUGACAUUGUCAAACUAUAUGAGAGACUAAGGUUGUGCAUGGAGAAGGUGGAUGAAAAAGCACCAGAAUAUAUUCGAAUGGCAGAGUCUCUCAAUGCUGGGGAAACUGCGUAUAAUCUCGACACUGCUGGUGGUUUGAGGCUAGAAGUUCAGAAAUACUAUGAACUUAUUGAUGCUCUUAGUAAAAAGAUUUUAACACUGGGAUUAAAAAGUGAACCACCGCCUCAUCCAAAAAAUCUGCAGCUCCAGAGGAUGAUCCGAUAUUCAGCCACACUAUUUGUACAGGAGAAACUAUUGGGUCUUAUGUCUUUACCCACCAAAGAAAAAUAUGAAGAGUUGAAAGAAAAAAGAGCACAAGAACAAGAAAAGAGACUCCAACAAGAAAGACUGGCUGCACAAGAGGCAUUGAAGCGAAGACAGGAGAGAGAGAAAGACGACAGAAGUCGUCCUAAUGGAGAAUUACCACAAGUAUUGAGAGGUCCACGCAUGACCAAGGCCGGUGGCUGGUUACCCUCCUCUGACACACGCAGCGAAAUCGAAGACCCCCUGCUUCAACAGAUCGAGAACAUCCAGUCCUUUUUACGGCAGGCCAGAGAGGCAAAUAGGGCAGAUGAGGUUGCCAUGUUGGAGGAAAACCUACGACAGCUUCAGGAUGAAUAUGACCAACAGCAAACAAGCCUGGCUAUUGCCCUGUCCCAGAAGUUGGCAGAAGAGGAAACUUUGCAACAAGGGGAACUGCAACGAUUGGAGGAGAAGGAACGAGAGGAGAGAGAGAGCCGGGAAGCUAAUAUUAGCUUUCUUCAGACACCGUAUACUUGGGAAAAAUCUUUAGAUAUCACGCCACAGACUGGAUUGAGAAGAGAUGAGGAUACAGCAGUAGUGGAGGACCAAGGUCCUAGAGCUGACAGGAGCCCUAACUCCCUCCGGGUUUUGCCUGAUAACCCAGAAGAGUCACCUCCCAGGUUGAGAAGUUUGGGUGGACAUGUAACUCCCCCUAGUGGCGAAGGACAGAGUAGCAUCUCACUUAACCCUUUCGAUGAAGAGGACUCCACUCCCAUUGAGGAAGAUAACCCAUUUUUUGAGGACAUUCAGAAGGAGCACAAAGAAGUAGCUAAUGUGGCUAGUGCUAAUGGUAAGAAAGAAUACAACCCUUUUGAUGAAGAGGAAGAGGAAAAUGAGGGUGAGGCAAAGUAUAGUACUAACCCAUUCGAGGAGAGUGACGUUGGUAAUCCAUUUUUGGAGGCCAGCGGGACUGAAGUCUCAACUAAUCCUUUUGAGGAAGAUGACAAUGAUGUUUUGCCAGAUGUGGAUAUGAUCGAGGAGGAACUGCUGCUUCAGCAAAUUGAUAACAUCAGAGCUUAUAUUUUUGAUGCAAAACUCAGCGGACGCCUGGAUGAAGUUGAGCUUUUGUCCCAGAACUUAAGAGAGCUACAGCAAACGCUACAAGAGCAGAAGAAGAAAAAGCAAUGAUAAAAGGCGACAAACCAUAUUUUGGAACCAAUGUGUUGAGACAAAUGAGCCCACUGCUAACUGACUACCGCACAGAAACACAAAAGGAGCACCCAAAAUUUAAAAUCCACUUUGACUUUUAAUUGCCUGAAGAUUGAUAUUUCUAUAAACCAAUGUAAAAAAAUAAAGUCCAUAGAAAGAAAACAGUUAUAUACUAGGUGUCAGGUGCAUGUCACUAAUGGGAAAGCCGCACAAUGACUGGCAAAUUGAUGAAUAUCGCUGCAUUUUUUGCACAUAAUAGAAGAAUGAUGUUAGAAUUGCAUAGUAAUAAGUGACUGUUUUCUGUUAGGUUUAUAGUAAAGUCAUUAUUUAGGAUCACAAAUAGGCUGCCAAAAGUCUAAUUUACCAAAUAUAGGUGUUUAAAUAUUUAAUAAUUUGAUUGCAAACAAGUAAAAAUUAGACAAGUACAACUUCUGGCAAGAUUUUAUCUUUCAUUCUACAAUUUUAAAUGACAUGUUUCAAUGACACUAUUUCAAACACACUAUAGAUGUGAACUUUAUUUACACCUUAAUCAUGUCAAAGUACUACUAACAAUGUGACUUUAUACAGCUAAAAAGCGCUGUGAUAUUUUAAUUGUUUUGUUACAAAUUUAUUACAAUUUUUUUUCUCCAGUUCGGUUCAGAUGUUAAAAUACAGAACGAGAUUAGGCUUCAGAACUACAUGUAUCUCAGCUGUGUAUAGCAAUGAGUGGAUGGUGUGUGCCUAAGUAAAUGAAAAAGAUCUAAACUAUUUCCCAUUUCUUCCCACAAUAUCUUGAUAUAUAGAUAUUAUUUCAAACAUUUUUUGCUGUACUGUUUUCUUACUAAUUUUGUUAGUAAUUUAUGACUUGUUAUAUUAACAUGCCACCAAAACCAGCAACAGACUGUAAAACACUACUUGGAUGGACAAUAGACAAACUAGGAAUAGUUGACAGACAAAAGCAACUAAUUAUGUAAGUAUGUUUUGUAAAGAAAACUUUUACAUUCAAGGACAUGGAACUACAACUCACCACUAGGUUAAAUGCAGAACAUGCUAUCUAUACAAAUGCCAGCAAGUAUUACAUUAUUUUCUUAGUGCUGCUAAUGCCAUAGUCUUCUGCAUAUGUGUUUAACACUCAUUUGCUUAUCACUGUUUUGUGAAUACAAAUGUGACUUUUUAUCAUUAAUUGUAUUAGCAGAUUUGGACUUAAAAGUAACAUUUACUUGAACAAAUUAAUUAAUAAAAAUACACUUGUGAUUUUUAUAAAACAAAUGUAAAUUUAUUAAACCACUUGUCAUCUCCUCAUAAAUAAAAAUCUGUAAAGUAA